AAGAGAUGCACUCAUGCAAAGACUUAAUACACUAUGGGCUGGUUUCCUGGACACAGAUUAAGCCUUAUCCUGAACUAAAAAGAAUGCUUAAUGGAGAAUCUCUUAUCAAAAGCGUAUGUAAUCUUUGUCAUUACCAGGUGUAUCUUGUAGUUCUGAGAUUGGCCCCAAAGCAUACUUGAAAAGGAUAACCAAGACCAGACAAGAUGGAGACGCUCAACCUCACCAACUACUCCAACCUCAGCUCAGACAAUGGAAGCAGCAGUCUCUUCUCUGGGAGUCCCUAUAAGACGGUAGAGAUCGUCCUCAUCAUCCUGGUGGCCGGGUCACUCAGCCUCGUCACCGUCAUUGGCAACAUCCUGGUUAUGCUCUCCAUAAAGGUCAACAGGAACCUCCAGACUGUCAACAACUAUUUCCUGUUCAGCCUAGCCUGUGCUGACCUCAUUAUUGGCCUUUGCUCCAUGAACCUCUACACUGUCUACAUUGUGAUUGGACACUGGCCCUUAGGCCCGGUUGUGUGCGACCUGUGGUUGUCCAUUGAUUACGUGGUCAGCAACGCCUCAGUUAUGAACCUCCUCAUCAUUAGCUUUGACCGCUACUUCUGCAUCACCAAGCCUCUCAGCUAUCCGGUGCGCCGCAGCACCAUGAUGGCGGGGAUGAUGAUUGCGGCGGCCUGGGUGCUAUCAUUCGUACUAUGGGCUCCUGCCAUCUUGUUCUGGCAGUUCAUCGUGGGUGGGCGGACGGUGCCGCCUGGUGAGUGCUACAUCCAGUUCUUCUCCAACGCAACGGUGACGUUUGGCACGGCCAUCGCGGCCUUCUACCUGCCUGUGGCCAUCAUGAUCAGUCUCUACUGGCGCAUAUCCAAGGCCAGCCGCAGCCGGGUACGGAGGAACAACAGGAAACCUUCAGGGAAUAGCCUGGGAGAAGGGCCAUCGCAGAGCCAGGAGGAUGGGAGCAGGGCCAAGCCCAAUGACUGCACUGUGACUGGGGAGGAGGAGGAGGAGGGUGGGGAUGGAGAGAAGGUCGGGGAGGGGGUCCAGCAGCAGAAUGGCAGGGAGCCCUGCAGAGGGGAAGGGCCAGACAGAGAUAGCUCUACCACAACAGUCAGCAACCUUGCCUCAUCAUCCAAUCAAAAGGAAGAGCCUGGCCUAUCACAGAAGGGGUCAAACGCUGAAGCCAAAUCCAGCCAGACACGGUGUUGCUCUCAGAACCAGGCCACAGGCUGCGGGCCCAAACUCUCCUGUAUCAGAAGCAACCCCCGGCCUGAGGGAGAGACAUACACAGCCAGCAACACAGAUUCCACCCCUGCCACAGAGAAACACAGCCUGGUGACACGGACGCUGUUAAAGGUGACAAAGAGGAACUCCAAGCAGAGCCCCAAGAGGAAGACGAAGAAGAAGAAGGGCCCUCCGUCCCGGGAGAAGAAGGUGACGCGCACCAUCAUGGCCAUUCUGGUGGCGUUCGUGGCCACGUGGACGCCUUACAAUGUGAUGGUGCUCAUCAACACCUUCUGCUCCAGCUGCAUCCCCAACUCACUGUGGACCAUUGGCUACUGGCUGUGCUACAUCAACAGCACCGUCAACCCGGCCUGCUACGCCCUGUGCAACACCACCUUCAAGAACACCUUCCGACAGCUGCUGCUCUGCCAGUACAGGAACAUACGCACGAUGAGGUCAUGAGGACCAGGGGGUCAGGGGUCAUGGCUGCGAAGCUGCUGUCUUCAUUCACUCAGAUACUCACAGAUCUGAUAGGACUGGAUAGGUGAAAGUAGGUGAAGCUAUUGUUUAGACCUACCCAGUCACCUUUGAUCUGUGCAGAGGCUGAACCAGAGCAGAAGGAGAGGGGAGACAACUUCUUAGACUGAAAUGCAGCUCAGAUGUGUAUCUAUCUAUGUUGGUUGUGGUUUUAUAUGAGUAGGUUCCAAAUUAGACUGCUAUUCUCAUGAAACGUUUGGUUUCAACAUGGUGGCUAAACUUGGUUUACAUAAUGGCCGUCUAUGUUACGUUUUGGGUAUGUGACAUGUCUACUCUAUGGUAUGAAUUUGGUUAUCUCGGGUAUGUCUGGGUGAUUCUGUCUGAUGUCUUGUGAUUGCUUGUUGUACAGUGCUUGUUUGAUAAACAGGUGCAGUGGCAGAGGUUUGCUCAGAGCUGUUUCUGCACUGUUCAGACACUUAAGGUUUGUUUGUUGAUAUACUAUGACACAUGGUUAUAGAUGUUCCCCUAUGUACAGUUGAAGUCGGAAGUUUACAUACACCUAAGCCAAAUACAUUUAAACUCAGUUUUUCACAAUUCCUGACAUUUAAUCCUAGUAAAAAUUCCCUGUCUUAGGUCAGUUAGGAUCACCACUUUAUUUUAAGAAUGUGAAAUGUCAGAAUAAUAGUAGAGAGAAUUAUUUAUUUCAGCUUUUAUUUCUUUCAUCACAUUCCCAGUGGGUCAGAAGUUUACAUACACACAAUUAGUAUUUGGUAGCAUUGCCUUUAAAUUGUUUAACUUGGAUCAAACUUUUCGGGUAGCCUUCCACAAGCUUCCCACAAUAAGUUGUGUGGAUUUUGGCCCAUUCCUCCUGACAGAGCUGGUGUAAGGUUUGUAGGCCUCCUUGCUCACACUUGCUUUUUCAGUUCUGCCCACAUAUUUUCUAUAGGAUUGAGGUCAGGACUUUAUGAUGACCACUCCAAUACCUUGACUUUGUUGUCCUUAAGCCAUUUUGCCACAACUUUGGAAGUAUGCUUGGGGUCAUUGUCCAUUUGGAAGACCCAUUUGCAACCAAGCUUUAACUUCCUGACUGAUGUCUUGUGAUGUUGCUUCAAUUUAUCCACAUAAUUGUCCUUCCUCAUGAUGUCAUCUAUUUUGUGAAGUGCAACAGUCCCUCCGUGCUUCACGGUUGGGAUGUUGUUCUUCGGCUUGCAAGCCUCCUCCUUUUUCCUCCAAACAUAGCGAAGGUCAUUAUGGCCAAACAGUUCUAUUUUUGUUUCAUUAGAACAGAGGACAUUUCUCCAAAAAGUAUGAUCUUUGUCCCCAUGUGCAGUUGCAAACCAUAGUCUGGCUUUUUUAUGGCGGUUUUGGAGCAGUCGCUUCUUCCUUGCUCAGCGGCCUUUCAGGUUAUGUCGAUAUAGGACUCGUUUUACUGUGGAUAUAGAUUCUUCUGUACCUGUUUCUUCCAGCAUCUUCACAAGGUCCUUUGCUGUUGUUCUGGAAUUGAUUCACACUUUUCGCACCAAAGUACGCUCAUCUCUAGGAGACAGAAUGCGUCUCCUUCCUGAGCGGUAUGACGGCUAUGUGGUCCCAUGGUGUUUAUACUUGCUUACUAUUGUUUGUACAGAUGAAUGAGGUACCUUCAGGCGUUUGGAAAUUGCUCCCAAGGAUGAACCAGAGUUGUGGAGGUCUACAAUUAUUUUUCUGGGGUCUUGGCUGAUUUCUUUUGAUUUUCCCAUGAUGUCAAGCAAAGAGGCACUGAGUUUGAAGGUAGACCUUUAAAUACAUCCACAGGUACAGCUCCAAUUGACUCAAAUUAUAUCAAUUAGCCUAUCAGAAGCUUCUAAAGCCAUGACUUCAUUUUCUGGAAUUUUCCAAGCUGUUUAAUGGCACAGUCAAUUUAGUGUAUGUAAACUUUUGACCCACUGGAAUUGUGAUACAGUGAAUUAUAAGUGAAAUAAUCUGUCUGUAAACAAUUGUAGGAAAAAUAACAUGUGUCAUGCACAAAGUAGAUGUCCUAACCGACUUGCCAAAACUAUAGUUUGUUAAGAAGAAAUUUGUGGAGUGGUUGAAAAACAAGUUUUAAUGACUCCAACCUAAGUGUAUGUAAACUUCCGACUCCAACUGUAAGUAUAAAUGAGGUUUAGAUUGUUCAAAAAAGAUGUGUAAGUAUUCUGAGAAAGAACAUAAAAACAUCAGUACUGUUGAUAUAUAUCUAGGAGAAGAAGAGGGAAGAGAGAGAAGAGAGGAAGAAGACUGAGAAUUUCCUGCACUGCCAAAACCAACAGUUUCAGAGAAACAUAAGACUACGAAUACACCUGUAAAUAUACAGUACCAGGCAUAAGUUUGGACACACCUACUCAUUCAAGGAUUUUAUUUUUUCUAUUUUCUACAUUGUAGAAUAAUCGUGAAGACAUAACAACUAUGAAAUAACACAUGGAAUCAUGUAGCAACCAAAUAAGUGUUCAACAUUUUAUAUUAGAGAUUCUUCAAAGUAGCCACCCUUUGCCCUGACAGCUUUGCACACACUUGGCAUUCUCUCAACCAGCUUCACCUGGAAUGCUUUUCCAACAGUCUUGAAGGAGCACUUGCUGGCUGCUUUUCCUUCACUCUGCGGUCCAACUCAUCCCAAACCAUCUCAAUUGGGUUGAGGUUGGGUGAUUGUGGAGGCCAGGUCAUCUGAUGCAGCACUCCAUCACUCUCCUUCUUGGUCAAAUAGCCAUUACACAGCCUGGAGGUGUGUUGGGUCAUUGUCCUGUUGAAAAACAAAUGAUAGUCCCACUAAGUGCAAACCAGAUGGGAUGGCAUAUUGCUGCAGAAUGCUGUGGUAGCCAUGCUGGUUAAGUGUGCCUUGAAAUUCUAAAUAAAUCCCUGACAGUGUCACCAGCAAAGCAUCCCCACACCAUCACACCUCCUUCUCCAUGCUUCGUGGUGAGAACUACACAUGCGGAGAUCAUCCAUUCAUCUACUCUGCGUCUCACAAAGACACGGCGGCUGGAGCCAAAAACCUCACAUUUGGACUCAUCAGACCUAAAGACAGAUUUACACUGGUCUAAUGUCCAUUGCUCAUGUUUCUUGACCCAAGAAAGUCUCUUCUUCUUAUUGGUGUCCUUUAGUCGUGGUUUCCUUGCAGCAUUUCGACCAUGAAGGCCUGAUUCACGCAGUCUCCUCUGAACAGUUGUUGUUGAGAUGUGUCUGUUACAUGAACUGUGAAGCAUUUUUUUGGGCUGCAAUCUAAGGUGAAUUUAUCUCUGCAGCAGAGGUAACUCUGGGUCUUCCUUUCCUGUGGCGGUCCUCAUGAGAGCCAGUUUCAUCAUAGGGCUUGAUGGUUUUUGUGACUGCACUUGAAGAAACUUUUAGUUCUUCAAAUUUUCUGGAUUGACUGACCUUAAUGUCUUAAAGUAAUGAUGGACUGUCGUUUCUCUUUGCUUAUUUGAGCUGUUCUUGCCAUAUUAUGGACUUGGUCUUUUACCAAAUAGGGCUAUCUUAGGAAGGAAAGAAAUUCCACAAAUUAACUUUUAACAAGGCACACCUAUUAAUUUAAAUGCAUCCCAGGCCUUUUGAACCUGAUUGAGAGAAUGCCAAGAGUGUGCAAAGCUGUCAUCAAGGCAAAGGGUAGCUACUUUGAAGAAUCUCUAAUAUAAAACAUAUUUUGAUUUGUUUAACACUUUCCUGGUUACUACAUGAUUCCAUACGUGUUAUUUCAUAGUUUUAUUUCUUCAUUAUUAUUCUACAAUGUAGAAAAUAGAAGAAAAAAAAACUGGAAUGAGUAGGUGUGUCCAAACUUAUGACUGGUACUGUAUGUAACUACACUGUAUAUACAAAAGUACGCCGACAACCCUUCAAAUUAGUGGAUUCGGCUAUUUCAGCAACACCCAUUGCUGACAGGUGUACAAAAUCGAGGACACCGCCAUGCAAUCUCCAUAGACAAAGAUUGGCUAAAAACAUGCUAAACCACAUCUGUUAUCCAACCCUGUAACUGUACAACGCGAGUUAUUGUGAUAUAACUACCUUUGCUCCCCAUUACCGAUCCUCUACCCUCCCCUCCCCAUGUUCUGCUUAUUCAUACUCCAUACAUUUAACCACAACAGGUAUUUUGAA